UGUAAACUGUGUCACAUGAAGGCGAAGGCAGUUGCAUGCGUUCGGGCCGAGCACGCUGAUCAUUAAAUCAUUAAUCAAUUUAACUCCAUAGCCACAGUUGAAUUGUUAGGGAACAAAACGCGAGGCGGCGGCGCGGCCGCAUUAAUUUAAAGUCUGUGUGCUUCCAGUUUCAACUCAAUGUCCACUUGAGAUCAGUCGACAUUCAAGUGAUCAACAAUUGUAAUCCAAAACGUUGAAAUGAGUUGGUUUGAAAAAAUAAAAACAGCGUUGACGUUGAGUCCAGCCGAGGGGGCUGAUGGGAGUGAUCCAUUGGGAGAACCGCAAUUGGGUUUCAAAAUUUUAUAUUAUCAGGAGCGGAAAAGUGUUGGUGUGAGAGUGAUUGCAGCGAGGAAUCUGCCAACUACUAUUGGCAGUGUUAAACCCAAAGGAUAUCUUGUUAAAGUAAAACUUUAUCCUGGUAAAGAAAAAUUUGAAACCACUGUGUUACCUUCUGCAAGUCCUUGCUUUGAUGAGCAUUUUUUGUUUCCGGCUGGGAUUUCACACAUGGGUCAAUUCGUGGGGAAAUUUGUCACUUUUACGAUUUAUGCUGAUUUGGGAGGUGCUGCUGGGAAGCAAAGAAAACCUGUCACUAAACAAUUGUCUAUGAGGAACCAGAUAGGGGCUUUAAUCAGUGGUGGUAGUGAUUCCGAUGUUAAACUACGAUCUAAAGUCAAUCGUUCUGAGUCUGUGGAUCGGUUCUCGCUAAAUAGUCGUCGUACAAUUGGUGCUAUUUCAUUCAGUUUGGAUAGGAGUAUUUUUACUGAUCGUGGUAAAGGUGGUGCUUUUUACACGCCGGAUAUAUGGAGGACAAUUAAGACUCUAACAGGCAGUGAAAUCAAAUCACGUGAAAGCAAAAAAGGAAGCCUAGAGAUAUCAAUGAAGUACUCCAACAGCGAAGACGGCCGCAACGACAUGCUGCAGAUCUCGCUCACCAAAUUUAGAUGCAGCAUGGCGACAAUGCAAUCGCACGAGCAACUGGGCGGUAAUUUAUAUUUGAAAAUGGCAACGCACGAAUACGACGUAGUCGUGUCCAAAUGGAAGGGUGACACCUUCGCGCCAACGAUCAGCAUGCGCAUCGAGAAAGACUCGGCGACGAUGAUCACCACCAUCAACAACUACAAUCUGGACAAGACGAAAGUGAUCGUCAAACUCAAGUGCCGCAAUGCAAUGCAACAAAAGCAUCUACUCGGCACGAUCGUCAUCGAUCGCGAUAGUGAAAUAUUCAACAACAUCAUCGCUAAUCCCACAAUGGAAGACACCAAAAUGAUUGAUUUCCAAUAAGUUGUAUAAAAAAUAAUUCAAUUUUUUGUUGCUGCAGUUUGAGUGCAGGUAAAAACUGAAAACAGGUAGUUUAUUGCCUGCACCCGUCCGACAUCAUUAUUUUUUCUUUCUUUUAACUUGUUUGUAAGAUUUAUACCUGCACUAAAAUACCCACAGAGCGAACUUUGGAGCCUGUAAAACCUUUAAAUUUAAAAUAGAUUCAAUUGAAAAUUCAA